AUGUAUCCUAAGCCAGGAAGGCAGGGCAAGAUUCGUCCCCCACGCAGAGGCCUGAACGGUGGUGACGAGAGCUUCGAAUCGACCUGGGGCACAAUAUCCAGCGCAAUCCGCCAAAUCCACACCAAGAAUGCCUCCGACCUCUCAUAUGAAGCCCUCUAUAGGCACACGUAUCGCGUCAUUUUGAAGAAGAAAGGCGAGCAGCUUUACCAGAGCGUACUGCAGUUCGAGAAAGACUGGCUAUGCAACGAGGUGAAGGCAAGGGCGGCUCACUUGGUCUCAAGCAGCCUAGUGGCAGACCUACAGGCGGGCAAUGCCAACACCACCGCGAACGAGCGUCGCGUUGGUGGAGAAAGGUUUCUAAAGGGCAUUCGCGAAGAAUGGCAGGAUUAUCAACUCUGCAUGAGCAUGCUUACGGAUGUGCUGAUGUAUAUGGAGGAGCGUGUUUACUGCGCGGACCAUCGACAACCCUCCAUUUAUACUACCUCGCUGAUGCUCUUCCGCGACAACAUCCUUCGCUCGCCGCCGAGCCCGAGCCACUCCGAUUUGACAGUGCAAGACCUCCUCAAUCGCAUCAUCCUGGACCAGAUACACAUGGAGCGUAAUGGCGACGUUAUCGACAAACACCUCAUCAAGUCCUGCGUGUACAUGCUGGAGAGCUUGUACGAGACCAUGAAAGAAGACUUAAACCAGCGCCUGUACGUCACUGCGUUCGAGCAACACUUCCUGGACGCAAGCCGAGACUUCUAUCGGGCCGAAGGCGACACUCUACUGCGGGAGUCGGACGCGGGUGCAUACUGCAGGCACACAUCCAGGAGACUGCGCGAAGAAGUGGAUCGCUGUAGGUCCACGCUAUCGGAGACCACUAAGUCCAAGAUUGAGCGCGUUGUUGAGGAAGAGCUCAUUGAGAACAAGAUUCAUGAUCUUAUCGAGUCCGAGAGCGGUGUGAAGUUCAUGGUCGACAAUGAGAGGAUUGAAGAGCUGGGGCUGAUCUAUGAUCUGAACGCUCGCGUGGAUCCCAAGAAGGCAGAACUUGUCCGUGCUAUCCAGAAUCGCGUGGUGGAGAUGGGUAACGAAAUCAACCAAGCAACGACGUCAGCGGCAUUUGCACCCCCUGUGCCGCCGGAGAAUGGCGAGGAUGGCGAAAAGGGGAAGAAGGCCGUUGCGGACAAGGCCGUGAACCAGCAGACGGUGGCUGCCAUCAAAUGGGUCGAAGACGUUUUGGCGCUCAAGGACAAGUUUGACCUGAUCUGGAAACGAGCCUUCGACUCGGACCAAGCAAUGCAGACCGCCCUGACACGCAGCUUUGCCGAGUUCAUCAACUCGUCUUCUUUCCCCAGGAGCUCCGAGUACAUUUCUCUCUUUAUCGACGAGAACAUGAAGAAGGGCAUCAAGGGCAAGACGGAGAGCGAAGUCGACGUUGUCUUGGAAAAGGCCAUUACCCUGCUCCGGUACAUCGCCGACAAGGAUCUCUUCGAGCGCUACUACAAGAAGCAUCUCUGCAAGCGUCUCCUCAUGGCCAAGUCUCUGAGCAACGAUGUCGAGCAGCAGAUGAUUUCUCGCAUGAAGAUCGAGCUCGGGAACAAUUUCACUUCGAAGCUGGAGGCCAUGUUCAAGGACAUGACCAUCUCGGAAGAGCUCACUUCCGGCUUCAAGGCCUAUGUCGCCAAUCUGGGAGAUCCUGACCCGAGGCGCAUUGAGCUCACAGUAAACGUACUUACAAGCAUGACUUGGCCUCUGGAAUCGAUGGGUAGUGGCUCCAACGAGGAUUUGGACGGGAAACGCACCAAGUGCAUCUUCUCUCCCGCAAUCGACAGGAUCAAGAAAUCGUUCGAGCAGUUUUAUGGAGAGAAACAUUCCGGGCGGGAGCUUAGUUGGCUGGCCAACAUGGGAUCUGCCGACAUCCGGGCAACGUUCCCCAGGGUGCCAACCAAAGAAGGGGUGAAGGAGCGCAAGCACGAACUGAAUGUAUCGACUUACGCCAUGGUCAUCUUGCUGUUGUUCAACGACCUCGCCGACGAUGAAGGCUUGACCUUUGAAGAGAUCCAGGCCAAGACCAACAUCCCCAGCCACGAUCUCAUCCGCAACCUGCAGUCUCUGGCCGUUGCUCCCAAGACUAGAAUCCUGAUCAAGACCCCGAUGAGCAAAGACGUCAAGCCUUCGGAUAAGUUCUUAUUCAACCCAGGCUUUGUGGGCAAAUUCCACAAGCUCAAGGUCGGAGUUGUCACGGCCGGUAACAAGGUAGAAGGCGACAAAGAGCGCAAGGAAACGGAGAAGAAGAACAACGACUCCCGAGGCUUCUGCAUCGAGGCCGCCAUUGUUCGUAUCAUGAAGCAACGGAAGGAACUCACCCACCAGAACCUUGUCGUCGAGACACUCUCAAUCCUAGCUAAUCAGUUCAAGCCGGAUGUGAACAUGAUCAAGAAGCGAGUUGAGAGCCUCAUCGAACGUGAAUACCUGGAGCGUAUCGAAGAUGCCUCACCUCCGGCAUACCGCUAUCUCGCUUGA